CACGAAAAAAAAAAAAAGUUACGCAUCACAUUACCAAUUAAGCAGCUACUCCGAUCGUCUUUUUCUGAAUACCGAAAAAGAAAACAACAACAAACAGUUUUUACACUGUUACCAUUACCAUCACACGAGUCAGUCACUCUUAUUAGUUUCCUUUCGUCAUCUCUGUUUCUCCGUCCAACACGACGUCGUUUUACUCUCUUCAUCAUCUUCUUCACCAAUCACACAAACUCUCACAUCACAUUCAUCAACCUCCAAAACCUCUCUCCUCCCCAGAUCCACCACCGUAACCCCUCCCGGAUCCCGAUCCGGAUCCAUCUCCUCCUUUCAAACUGGAGCAAUUGAAGACAAUCGGUCGCGAACUCGCCAUGGGAUCCCAAGGCGGGUUCGGUCAAUCAAAAGAAUUUCUCGACUUAAUCAAAUCAAUCGGAGAAGCUCGAUCUAAAGCCGAAGAAGAUCGAAUCGUAAUUCGUGAAAUCGAAACCCUAAAACGACGAAUUUCUGAACCAGAUAUCCCAAAACGAAAGAUGAAAGAGUACAUUAUUCGUCUUCUUUAUGUUGAAAUGCUUGGUCAUGACGCUUCUUUCGGUUACAUUCACGCCGUUAAAAUGACACACGAUGAUAAUCUUCUCUCAAAACGCACCGGUUAUCUCGCCGUUACUCUUUUCCUUAACGACGAUCAUGAUCUUAUUAUUCUCAUUGUUAAUACUAUUCAGAAAGAUCUUAAGUCUGAUAAUUAUCUUGUUGUUUGUGCUGCACUCAAUGCCGUUUGUAGACUUAUCAAUGAGGAAACUAUACCUGCAGUUUUGCCUCUUAUUGUUGAACUACUUUCUCAUGGUAAAGAAGCUGUUAGGAAGAAAGCGGUUAUGGCACUUCAUAGCUUUUACCGUAAAUCACCUUCUUCUGUUUCCCAUCUUGUGUCGAAUUUUAGGAAAAGAUUGUGUGAUAAUGAUCCUGGUGUUAUGGGUGCUACUCUUUGUCCUUUGUUUGAUCUUAUAAACGAUGAUCCAAAUCCGUAUAAGGAUCUUGUUGUUAGUUUUGUUAGUAUUCUUAAACAGGUAGCUGAACAUAGGUUGCCUAAGAGCUAUGAUUAUCAUCAGAUGCCUGCUCCAUUCGUUCAGAUUAAGUUGCUGAAAAUUCUUGCGUUGUUGGGGAGUGGUGACAAGCCUUCUAGCGAACACAUGUAUACUGUUAUUGGCGAUAUAAUUAGGAAGGGAGAUUCGUCGAGUAACAUAGGGAAUGCUAUUCUUUAUGAGAGUAUUCGCACUGUCUCUUCCAUACAUUCCAAUGCCAAGUUGUUAGAAGCUGCUGCGGAUGUGAUUGCCAAGUUUUUGAAGAGUGAUAGUCAUAAUUUGAAGUACAUGGGCAUUGAUGCUCUUGGUCGGCUGAUAAAGUUAAGUCCGCUUAUUGCAGAACAACAUCAACUUGCUGUCAUUGACUGCUUAGAGGAUCCUGAUGAUACUCUAAAGCGAAAAACUUUUGAACUGCUAUACAAAAUGACCAAGUCUUCCAAUGUGGAAGUGAUUGUUGACCGUAUGAUUGAGUACAUGAUCAGCAUUAGUGACGAUCAUUAUAAAACAUAUAUAGCUUCUCGAUGUGUGGAACUUGCUGAGCAAUUUGCACCAAGUAAUCAUUGGUUUAUACAGACAAUGAAUAAAGUUUUUGAGCAUGCUGGAGAUCUUGUGAAUAUUAAAGUUGCACAUAAUUUAAUGCGGUUGAUUGCGGAAGGAUUUGGAGAGGAUGAUGAUGCGGCAUAUAGUCAGCUGAGAUCGUCUGCUGUUGAGUCAUAUUUGCGCAUUAUUGGAGAGCCAAAGCUUCCAUCAGUUUUUCUUCAAGUUAUCUGUUGGGUUCUUGGGGAAUAUGGCACGGCUGAUGGAAAGCAUUCCGCUUCCUAUAUCACUGGGAAAUUAUGCGAUAUGGCAGAGGCAUAUUCUAAUGAUGAAAUUGUUAAGGCAUAUGCGAUAACAGCAUUGACAAAAAUUUAUGCAUUUGAAAUAGCAGCUGGGAGGAAAGUGGAUAUGCUAUCUGAGUGCCAAUCUUUGGUUGAAGAAUUAUUAGCAUCCCACUCCACUGAUUUGCAGCAACGUGCUUAUGAAUUGCAAGCUGUUAUUGGUCUGGAUGCACGAGCUGUUGAAGCAAUAUUGCCGCAUGAUGCCAGUUGCGAAGACAUUGAGGUGGAUAAGAAUCUGUCUUUCCUCAAUGGUUAUAUCCAGCAGUCUAUAGAAAGUGGUGCUAUGCCCUACAUUUCAGAGAAUGAGCGCUCUGGAAUGGUGAAUACGAGCAACUUCAGAAGCCAUGACCAGCAAGAAUCUGGACAGCAUGGUCUGAGAUUUGAGGCGUAUGAAGUUCCAAAGGCUCCUGUGCCGUCCAAAGUUACUCCAGUUUCACUUUCAUCCACAACCGACCUUGUUCCAGUACCCGAAUCAUUGUAUGCUAGGGAGACUCAACAGAUCUCGUCAGUGGGAUUAGCAUCAGAUACAGGAUCAUCGGAGCUUAAGCUAAGGCUUGAUGGUGUUCAGAAGAAGUGGGGUAAGCCAACUUAUUCGUCCCCAGCAUCAUCUUCAAAUUCUACUUCCCAAAAUCCAGUGAAUGGCGUGACGAAGGUAGAUGUUGCAACUACUAUAAAUUCAAAAGCACGUGAUAGCUAUGAUUCAAGAAAGCAACAAAAUGAAAUUGAUCCAGAAAAGCAGAAGCUUGCCGCUUCACUGUUUGGUGGUUCAACUAAAACUGAGAGAAGAACAUCAACUAGCAGCAAGGGUCCAAAAGCUAGUGCUGCAGACAGACCUCAGGAUUCAAAAGCAGCAAGUGUACCUAAUAAAGCAUCUGGGGAGAAAACUAAUCAAGUUCAACAACCUCCUCCUCAAGAUUUGCUUGACUUGGGUGAACCAACUGUCACUGCUGCACCUCCCGCUGUGGAUCCAUUCAUGCAACUGGAAGGACUUCUUGACUCAAGCAAUAGUUCUGCAGUAACUAACAGUGGUGGUGCUGUUGCAAAUGCACCUGAUAUUAUGGGACUCUAUAGAGGGACUACUUCUAGCGAACAGAGUGGAGGUGGUGGCUAUAACCCUGCAAGUGGGGAUAAUUUAAAUCUUUUAUCUGAAUUGUCAAAUGCAGCAGCUGUCAGAGGCACCACUGGAGCAACAAUUGUGUCGCCCUUAUCACCAUCUGUAAAGGGUGCUAAUGCUAAAGAUUCUUUGGAGAAGGAUGCAAAAGUCAGGCAGAUGGGUGUGACGCCCACGAGCCAGAAUCCCAACUUAUUCAGGGACUUGCUUGGCUAAUCUAAUGUGAGGAUGAUUGUAAAUCAUGAUGGUUGAGGGGGUAGGUUAUCUUGCCAGUUACAACUCAUGGAGUUUCCUGAUUGGCUAUCUGAUAUAUGACUUGAAUGAUAUGCAUUAUGAUCUGGCAUUGAUGAUUGCAGUCACCGGAAUGGGUGAUUCCAUAUCCAGGAUUGAUGACUAAAGUAGGCAAAGACUUGUAAUAGUUGCAGAAUAUUGUAAGCUUUCCUCGUUGCAUCCAGGUUUUGGUCAGUCCAGACUCUGAAGGAAGGGUACUGUUGUGUGUACGGUCAUUGCUUUUUACACUUUCUUUAGAAGUUCUAGGUCAUCUUUGUUGUUAUACCAAAGCACUGCUUCUUUUGGUUCCAAUUUUUGUGCAUUUUUCACCUGUCUAUAUAAUGUUUUGUUAUCAAUGAGAAGCUUGGCACUGCAGUUGAAAUCGGUCUGAUGUAUGACAAUUGUAAACGUAAUAUUUUUAGUGAUGAAUGAGGGUAGGGUCAUCUAUUCCUUUGUUGAA